GCCCGGCAGUGGCCAACCGGCGGCGAGCCCGAGGGCUUGGGGGAGGGCGCCGCUGCGUCCAGUCCCGCCCUACCCCUGACGGGGCGCUGGGGGCGGAAUCCCGGGAGCCGCUUCGGUUGGCCCGCUGCGCUCUUACGACAGUGCCGUAAAGCAGGCGCCGCUGAGAGGCCAAUGGCGGCCGCAUCGCGAAGCGCUCUGCGGCUUUGCUGCUUCUGCCGUUGCCGCUGCAGCUGCUCGGGGCCGGCGCGCGCCCAGGGGGUGGGGUCAGGCGAGCGGGGGCGCGGCGGGGUUUCAAGCUUCUGCCCUCCGGCACAUUCUUGUAAUGAUUGGAUCGGCCCUCCUGACAGAUAUUCAAACCUCCGACCAAUAAUAUUUUAUGUUCCUAAACAUGAAUCAUCGCUGGAACGAAGACUUAGGGAAUUUAGACAAGAAACUCAAAUGUGGAAUCAACAAUUCUGGGCAAACCAGAAUGUGUCAUUCCAACAGGGAAAAGAAGAAUUCAUUUAUUCAAGACUGAAAGCUAAAGGUCUGCAAACAAGAGAUGAAACAGGUCACAAAAUAACACUGAAUGCAGAAGAAAUGGCUGAGUUUUACAAGGAGUUUUUAAGUAAAAAUUUUAAAAAGCAUAUGUGUUAUAACAGAGAUUGGUAUAAACGUAAUUUUACUAUCACAUUCCUCAUGGGACAAGUGGCACUUGAAAGAGCUUUGAGGCGGCUUGGAUGGAAAGAGACAAACAAUGGAAAUUAAAGCUCACCACCCUAUGGAGAAUACAACAAUAUAGUGAAGCCUGUCCACGUGCUGUCUGCUGUCAACAUUCAAAACCUAAACUGCUAAUACAUUCAUUACCAAGAUUUAUGUUUAUCUUAAAUAUUGGAUCACAUCAAUGAAAAUUAUUCCCGCUCUUGAAUUUAUAGCUAUUGUUCACAUGUAUAUUCCCAUUUAAUAUCCCCAAAUCUGGCCAACAAAAAACUAUAUUGGCUACUUACCAGCAGCUCCAGAGCCAACACUGAAUUUGCAUUUUAGAUGCACUUAGUUAACUAUUUUCUCAUACUAAUUAAUGUAGAAGUAUGUUUGGAUGAAGAGAUCAGUGCAAUUUGUGAUUAUACAUUGAAUCAGCCCAUCUUAGAAAUACUGCUUUUCUUUCUUUUAAGGAAGCCUUGAUUUAAUGCUCCCAUAAAUGACCAAAACAAUAGAGUUUUCUAAAUCUCAUUUUUUGUCUUUAACAGAGUAAAAUGCAUCAAGUAAGCAAUUUGUCCCUGUUGUCAGAACUCAUUUACCAGCCAUGAGGGAGAGAGAGAGGAAUGUCUGCCUGACUGUAGGCGAGGUAAACAGUGUUAGUAACUAGUAACAACCAUAUCUGUUAACUACAUAGUACAAGUUUGCUGUUCUCAGCAGCUUCCUUGGAUGCACAGAACUCCUUUUUAGCUUGAGAGGGAGUUUUGAUCCUGCAUUCCUUGAAGGCUUGUUUAAACACACACACAUUAAAUUGUAAUUGUACCAUUCAUACAUGGUUUGAAUGAGAUGAUAUUGCAGUGAAUGUGUGCCCUGUCCACUUAUCCAGCUGAACAGAUGGAUCCUUACUGUGAUGCCUGAGAAGUCGAUUCUGCUGAUUUGUCUGUGCACUUGAACAAAAGUGUGCAUUUAAAGCUCCCUACCUCUGCUAAAUUGCUCCCCUUAAGCACCACCUGCUCACAGUUCCCUAAAGGCAAGUGACCCAACUACAGUGCCUUCUUGUCUGGUUGCUCUUUGAAUUCAGCAGGUUUAGAUCUGUAGAAAGAAAGGGCAAUGUCUCUGAAAAGCAUCCUUUCCCAGUAUUCAUUCAGACCCUCUGACAACUACAUUCAUUGUGCUUUCAGACGCUUUGAAAAUAGCUGUAGAGGCCAUAGCUCACUACUCCAGCCCUCGAGAUAUUUUGAAAUCUGCACAAUGAUCUUGAUAUUCAGGGCAUCCACGGAUUUGGAGGAUGACAUUCCAAAUUAUCACCAUCAAGCUUGAUAGAAUGAUGAGUUGGAAACUUGGGGGUUUCUAUGUUACUUAAUUAAGCCCCAGAAUUUUCUGUUCAUGAACAUCAUCCAGGCCUAUGCUGCUUUAUUGUAGAAGUGAAUCAUUAAAUAUGUGUAGUACAGUCUCAAAACUGCAAUAAAUAUGUGCAAUAUGGCCUCAAAACUGCUCCAGUUGGUGUAGAUGGCUGGCUAAAUUAAUAAUUAAUUUAUAAGCUGCAACUUUAAGAACUGUAAUGCAAUAUGUUUCAAUAAUGUGAUCUGAUAUAAAUUCACACACAAACUUAAAUACCCAAGUGAACCAUCCUAUACUGGGCUUUUUAUUUCUGGCAGCACUGUAAGGAAGUGUCAACCAUUUGCUCAUUCUCCGUCUGGUAUGAUAGAGGUUUUUGUCUGGGUCAUAAUUACCAAACUAAUUUUACAUAGACACACCCCUAAAACAGCUUUCAGAUGUUGGCACUUUCAAUCACUGCCUCCCUGAAACAGAGUUGAACCAGCAUUCUCAGGGGAAUGUUCUGGUUUUAUAAGUAGCAGACCAACUGUUACUGACACAUUUUCUUUUGUUGAGGAAUAUGUAGUCAGUUGUGACUGGCUGGGGCAACUGGAUUUGUGUCUGGACUAAUUUUUUUAAUGCUUUUUACAUUAGCGAACUUCAAAUUGUCACUGAUUUGUGCUGGUGGUAAACUUUAUUGAUAGAUUUAUUUUCAUUUCAAUUACUGUAGUUGCCAAUGUGUUGUUCUUUUCUUUCCCAUUAAACUGACAUACCUUUGCAGCAUUGAUAUAAAAUUGGAAUUGGCCCUGUUAUAUGUUUGUUAACAUAUGUUUGAAAUGCCUUAUUUUUAAGAAUAUAUUUUUUUUUGAAAUAAAGCAUCAAAUGUGCAUA